AUGGACUUCUUCAACAAGGCCAAGCAGGCAGUGGAAUACAAGAAGAGCGACUCGAUCUUCUCCAAGGCCAAAGACGCGGCCGACAAGUAUCACGCCAAGGAGAAGGCGGUCGAGUUCGCCCAGAAGCGGGUCGCCAAGAGGGAGGGCGAGAAGCACCAGCACGGGUACGUCGAGAAGAAGGACAAGUCGACCGUCGACAAGGCCGUGGAGGCGGCCGAGGACUUCCUCGCCAAGCAGGGACAGCCUAAGCCCCACCACUCUGGCGACAAGAAGGACAAUCAGAUGGAUGCCAUGUUUGGCAAGGCCAAAGACGCACUAGGCAAGAAGCACUAA